AUGAACGACACUGCCCAAAUGCUAAUCACCCAGGAUGGCGAUUUAGUUUUACUGGCUGACGAUGGAAAAAAAAUGUGGUCCACAAAUACCGCUGGCAAGUCGGUUGUUGGCUUAAACUUGACUGAAGUUGGAAAUCUCGUCCUCUACGAUAGAAAUGACGCCAUCAUUUGGCAGUCUUUCGAUCACCCUGCGAACACAAUUCUUCCUGGACAGGAGCUACGUCCCGGCAUGAAACUCACCAGGCCAUCGUAUUUGCCAAAUGAGAUGGCGCGGGUCUACACAUUCACCACUGAUGAUCGCAUAGGCUUUGUCGUGUCUGUAACGGCAGCCAAUUCUUCCCAAAUUUACUACAGAACGAGCAAUGUAAGCAAAAUGAAGAGCGACAGUGGACAGGUUGCAGCACUUUACAAGAAUGUAACCUUCGGUGAGUUUGAUUUUCACCCAACAUCAUCAGCUCAGUUCAUCCGUCUGGGGCCUGAUGGGCAUCUAAUGCUUUAUGUUUAUGACGAGUACUUCAAUAAAUGGAAUGCGGUGGAUCUUCCUGAUGAUCGAAUUCCAGAUUGUUAUUAUCAACUGGCGUGCGGUAGUUAUGGCAUUUGUUCAUAUGGUCCUCAGUGUCAGUUUCCAAGCCUGACAAAGCAAAUUGAAGAGAGAAAUCCGUCUUCCGGCUGCAAACCCAGCUCACCUAUCUCUUGUGAUUCACUCAAUAACACUUUCAAAGCUGUUGAGAAUGUCACCUUCUUUGCUUUGUGGAAUGAUUAUAUUAGCGCGGACAUCUCAAACACAACUGCAGAGAGUUGCAAGCAAGCGUGUUUGAGGAAGGGGUGCUCGUGCACAAAGAAAGAGAAGGGGACGAACUGUGUUAAUACUAGGGACUACUAUUGGAGCAGUUUUGAUGUUCUUAGUAAGUGUAUUUGGGAUCUAUAUUCAAGUAAGGUGAGAAGAAAUGAUGUCGAGAACGAUGAUCUAGACUUACCAAAGCUUCAGAUAACUAGAUUUCCUUACGAGGACCUGAAGGCCAUGACACGAGAUUUCACCACCAAGCUAGGGGAAGGAGGAUUUGGCUCGGUGUUUCUAGGAACUUUAACAGGCGGUGUCAGGAUUGCAGUCAAGCGCCUCGAUGGUUUUGGUCAAAUAAAGAAGUCAUUUUUGGCCGAGGCCGGAACCAUUGGCACUAUACAUCAUGUCAAUCUGGUAAGACUACUUGGAUUUUGUGCUGGGAAAUCACGUAGGCUCUUAGUCUACGAGUACAUGUCCAAUGGUUCUCUUGAUAAGUGGAUCUUCCAUAAAGACCAAGAGUUUGACAUCUGUUGGCAAGUGAGGAGAAAGAUUAUCCUCGACAUUGCCAAGGGACUAGCCUAUCUCCACGAGGAAUGCCAUCAAAAAAUAAUUCACUUAGACAUCAAACCCCAAAAUAUACUUUUGGAUGAACAUUUCAAUGCGAAGCUCGCUGAUUUUGGGUUGUCGAAGCUAAUAGAUAAGGACCAAAUACAUGUCAUGACGACCAUACGAGGAACACCAGGAUACCUUGCUCCAGAGUGGUUAAGCUCUGUCAUCACAGAAAAGGUAGACGUGUACGGUUUUGGCAUUGUCAUGUUAGAAGUACUAUGUGGGAGGAAAAAUGUGGACCGCUGUAUGCCGAGUGAUGAAGUGCAUAUGUUGACCCUUUUCAAGUGCAAAGCAGAGCAAGGGUCUCGGCUGAGACUGCCGGAGAUGAUUCCGACGACUGCCCACAGUCGUGGAGGGGUUGUCGAAGGUCGUGGGGUGGCGUUGGAGUUCUGGGUGGUGAUGGGCGAUGACAGAAGUAACCAUGUGGAGAUAAGGAAACUCAUUACCUCGAGGAGAAAUGAGUAUGGUUUGUGCGAGGCACUAGCCAAAAAGUCGUGUACUUUCAGUGAAUGA